AAGAGGCGGGGACCUGUCAGUGUGCCUUGGGUACCAGCUCUUGGGAGAGCCUUUCUUCCUCCCACGGCUCUUCCUUCCCAUCCUUCGGAGAAGCGCCUUCCUUUCCUGUCUCCUUCACUUCCAGCCUCGCAACAUGGAAUGCUAUCGGGACUAUGCCAAGGAGCAGCUGAAGCAUUGGCAAGAGCAGUGCGGCCAGCAGGAGCCGCCUGCCUUGUCCAGGGCAGCAGGAAUCCCAGUGGGGAACCAUCGGAAUGUCAUGACGGUGGGUCCACGAGGUCCCCUCUUGGUUCAGGAUGCAGUUUUCGCUGAAGAGAUUACACAUUUUGACCAAGAGAGGAUUCCUGAAAGAGUUGUUCAUGCCAAAGGAGCAGGUGCUUUUGGCUAUUUUGAAGUGACUCAUGAUAUCACCCAGUAUUGCAAAGCAACCCUAUUUGAGCACAUUGGUAAAAGAACGCCCAUUGCCAUUCGACUUUCUGCUGUUGUUGGUGAAUCGGGUUCAGCGGACACAGUUCAGGAACCUCGAGGCUUUGCAGUGAAGUUCUAUACAGAAGAGGGCAACUGGGACUUUGUAGGGAACAACACUCCCAUCUUCUUUAUUAGAGAUCCAAUGCUGUUUACAUCCUUGAUCCAUAGUCAAAAGAGGAAUCCACAGACCCAUCUGAGAGAUGCAAACAUGUCAUGGGACUUCUUCAGUCUUCGCCGUGAGUCUCUGCACCAGGUAUCAUUUAUGUUCAGUGAUCGUGGCAUUCCAGAUGGAUUUCGUCAUAUGCAUGGCUUUGGAUCAAAUACUUUCAAGCUAGUGAAUGCCUGUGGAAACGCAGUGUACUGCAAAUUCCACGCAAAGACUGAUCAGGGAAUCAAAAAUCUUACUGUUGAAGAAGCAGAAAAGCUGGCUGCUAAAGAUCCUGACUAUGGUCUGCGUGAUCUCUACAAUGCUAUUGCUAAUGGAGAUUAUCCAUCAUGGAGUUUCUAUAUUCAGGUCAUGACAUUUGAACAAGCUGAGACAUCGCCAUUUAAUCCUUUGGAUGUAACUAAGGUUUGGCCUCACGGGGAUUAUCCUCUCAUUCCUGUGGGAAAGAUUGUCUUAAACAGGAAUCCUGUCAACUAUUUUGGUGAGGUGGAACAAAUUGCUUUUGAUCCAACCAACAUGCCUCCAGGAAUUGAACCUAGCCCUGAUAAAAUAUUGCAGGGGCGUCUCUUGUCCUACCGAGACACCCAAAGACACCGUCUGGGAUCCAAUUAUCUACAAAUUCCUGUCAAUUGCCCAUACCGAACUUGUGUAGCCAAUUACCAGAGAGAUGGGCAAAUGUCUAUAUAUGGCAACCAAGGUGGUGCUCCAAACUAUUAUCCAAACAGUUUUAGUGGCCCUGAAGACCAGCCCUGUUUGCAGGAAUCCUGUGAAAAUACCUCAGGUGACAUACAGCGCUUCAAUGAUGACAAUGAGGACAAUGUAUCUCAGGUGCGGGUCUUCUAUACCAAAGUAUUGACAGAAGAAGAACGUGAAAGACUCUGUGAGAACAUUGCUCGCCUUCUUAAGGAUGCUCAGCUUUUCAUUCAGGAGAGAGCUGUGAAGAACUUCACUGAUGUACAUCCUGACUAUGGUGCACGUAUUCAAGCUCACUUGGAUAAGCACAAUGCUAAAGACUCCAAAAAGGGUUCAGUACACGUGUGCCGACAAGCUUCAUCUAAAACUGGAAAGAACUAAUGGCAUGAUCUCAAAAUACCAGUUCUGCUGAUUAGAACAUUAUCUCAUGACAUUACAAUCAAUCUAACUGGGAAACAACCCAUGCAGUGCCUUAACAAAUGUUUCCAUGUUUUCUGAAAUAUCUUUUGACAGAAAGCAGUAAAAUUUUGUUGUUUUGAAGAUCAAUCAAAAUAAUUUGCUUUCUAAGUAAUCUUUCACUUAUUUAUUAAAGAGAUCAUACAUAAUACUGGCAAGACCUUUAACUGUAGGCACCCAGAGACUUUUUUCAUGUUUAUACGCUAGGGAAAAACAAAAUCCUAAUUGUAAUACUGCCCUCUGGUGUGCUAAUUUACUAUACAGUUUUAAAUGGGAAGUAGGCUUAAAACUCAUUAUUGGAGAUAGCAGUCGGUCACAUAACCUGCUGUAGUAGAACCAGCUUUGAAUCGAGCAUAUUAGCUUAACAUUGUGGUUCUUAAUUACAAAAAUACCAGUAUUUUGGAAACAGCAAGGUUUUCUCAGUGGUGUUUGGCUCCUCAUUAACAACUAUUCUACAGUACUGUAUAUUUAACCAGUAAUAUCUAAUCACAAUUUAUGCUAUUUUGCUUGGCUAUAAUUUUUGCACAUGGUUUCCUUAUUGUUGGAAAUGAGAUGGUUAUAAGUAAAUCUUAUGAAAUUGAUAGACAUUCUCAUUACCUUAUAUUCUUUCCCAGCUAGGUAGUAGUUACAUAUCUUAGUCUCAUCAAAGAAUUGUAUUAUUACAUUCAGUUCUAGCUCUUUCCUAAUUCUGCAUAGACAAGUUACUCAUGUGUCCUAGUUCCAAGUUGGCUUAAGAAGAUGUUACAAAAUAAAAUGAAAUAUAGAUUCAUAUCAUGGCUCACGAGAGCUCUAAUUGGUAAGUGUUGGUGGCGUUGAUAAUAAUACUAAUAAAACUUUAUUUUUAUCCCGCCCUAUCUCCUUGAGGUUAAUAACUGCAUUGCCACUAAUCUCUUAGUGAACCGGUGCUGAUCAAGAAUUUAAAAGGAUAGCUCGUGUAAGUCUGGAAUGUUGGUAAACAAAGAAAGCUUGUAGCAGUUUGGAGAUUAACUGAACAUGGAAAUAUACACUUUUGUAAACUAAGUCUAUUUCCUGGGAUGUCUCUGAGGAAGUAGGCUUAGGGCCCUUCCACACAGCCAUAUAACCCAGAAUAAUAAAGGAGAAAAUCCCACAAUAUCUGCUUUGAACUGGGUUAUUUGAGUCCACACUGCCAUAUAUUCCAGUUCGAAGCAGAUAAUGUAGGAUUUUAUUCAGCUGUGUGGAAGGGGCCUUAGUCUAAGAAAGUUUAUGCUAACAACCGCAUUAUAAACCUUAAUAUAAACUCUAAGGUGCUUAAUAUAAACUCUAAGGUGCUACAAGAU